GUAGCAGAAGGCAUUUCAACAAACACCUGAUGAGCGCAACUACGAUGCUACAUAAAUUCGGUGCCGGUCUUCCGCCGCCAGGCACCAGUGAAGACAUCCACGGAAGGCCGACAUGUUUGAAUCUGUAUGAAACGAAGUAGGCUUCUGGUCUCUGUUUCUCUUCGAAAAGUAUGCUUGUUUUCCUACCAGACACGAACAAGCAGCCAGACAAAGGUGUCUUGUUCAAGUUUCAUUCCGUUGUCGAUGCCUACGUAUCAAACGAAGGUAAAAUCAAGGGGACGACAUCCAUUAUUGAUAAAAUAAAUAAAACUCUGAUCUGUCUCUUUUUCGCAUUGGUCAUCAAGAAUGUGACAAGUAAUUUGCUGAAAGCUUUCGGAUUCUUCUUUGUCGUGGCACCUGACCUGUUCGAGAAAUCGCCGCAAUGGAAGAAGGGGAUCAGCUGAUGAGCAAAACGAGCGAUGAACACCACCACCUCAUCGACAUCGCGGCGGAGACCAAUUCGGAUGCCGUCGACAACAACUGCGACGAAGCCGAAGCCGGGCGGAAGUGGCUGCGGAAGCUGACGUCGGCGACGGUGAACAAGGCGGUGAUGCGGGACCUGAUCGCGCGGACGCCCAUGCUGUGGUACCUCGGCGAGCGGUCAGGCACCAUCCUCCGCCCGUGCACCCGGCGCGGGCGCGCGCGCGGCGGCGCCGUCGAGGCGGCGCUCCACGCCGUGCGCGCCGUGGCCAUCGGCCCCUUCCACCGCGCCGACCGCGGCCUCGCCUUCCCCGACGACGCCAAGCUCCCCUUCAUGCGCUACCUCCAGGACCAGUGCGGCCUCUCCGCCGACCGCUUCGUCGCCGCGCUCUCCGCCGACCGCUUCCGCCUCCGCGACGAGUUCGCCGAUGACGACGACGAAGACGACGAUGGCGGGUUGUUGUUGGACGACGAGGAGAAGUUCCUGCAGAUGCUGCUUCUGGACAGCUGCUUCCUGCUGGUGGUGGCCAUGAUGCUGAGCAAGACGGGGGCCGGGGACGACGCCGACAGCACGGCCCGUGCGGCGUCCAUCAACAGGGAGUACUUCAUCCUGCACAUGGCCGUGGCGCAGCACGCGGAGGCCAUCAAGCUCGACAUGCUCGUCCUCGAGAACCAGAUCCCCUUCGCGGCGCUCAAGCUGCUCGUCGCCUCCUGCGACAGGCUCUCCUUCAAGCUCCGCCACUGCGUCGAGGAGCUCGUCAUCGGCUGCUUCGACGACUUCUGCCCCAAGCCGCGCCACCGCGCCUGCCACAAGGGCGACGCCGGCGCCGCGGAGUUCCACCACGUCCUUCACCUCUUCCACUGGUCCCGCGUGCCCACGAGCAAAUACAGCAUCCUCUCCACCCCGCUGAAGCUGCUCAAGAUCAAGAAGGAGUCGGAGCGGCUCUUCCCCUGCUCCAUGGAGCUGCGCCACUCGGCCGUCUGGUUCCAGAACAGGAACGCGGCGGAGACGGAGGAGGACCUCGGGGACAUGGACAUGUCCUUCUGGAGCCGGCGGGCGAGCCCCGUGGCGGUGAUGAGCAUCCCGUGCUUCCACGUCCACGAGUACACGGCCGCCGUGCUCCACAACCUGCUGGCCUUCGAGAUGCGCUUCCACUGGGCGCACGGCGCCUGCGUCACCACGCACGUGGCCAGGAUGGAAGGGCUCGUGCGCUGCGCCACCGACGCCGCCUUCCUCCGCCGGCGAGGGGUCAUCUCGGCUCCCCGGAUGACGGACGCCGAGCUCGUCUGCUUCUUCAGGGAGCUCGGGGAGCAGACAGUCGGCACCAGGCUCCCCGACGAGUACGGGGAGAUGCUCGACGCCGUGGCGUGCCACCGGAGGCGGAAGGUCAGCUGGUGGUGCGGGGGAUUCGUGCUCCACUUCUUCCCUUCGCCGUGGGUCGCCGUCUCGCUCCUCGCCGCGGUGGCGCUCAUCUUCGUGCCUUCCAUGUUGCAGACGGUUUAUACCAUGCUCGGCACUAUCAGAAGCACUAGUUAGCAGUUACUGAUGGUCUUUUUUGAUCGGUUUUGUAAUUUCCGUAGUUCGGUCUCGUUAGUCGUUACCCACUACGAUAAAUUUACCCAUGAGUCUUUUCUUUUACAGGACUUACCCAUGAGUCAGGCAUGGGACAGAAAGAAAAUAAAAUGUCAAAAUGAUACAGCAUA